GAGUGGAACUUUACGCAAUCCCAUUAUACCCGCCAUCCCACCUCUCCUUCUUCCUUUUCCAGGUUUGUUUAUGUCAAUAUUUCUUCCUCCUCCGAUUUCUCCACGCAUUGAUCACAAUUCUUGAUUCUUCCCUCUCGUCCCUGAUUUUUCUCCCGACACCCUUUGAGCUCAUGAUCCCUCCCUCAAUCUGAAUUUUUCCCCACCUUUUUUUCAUGCCAACUCUUCUUCUCUUCCGCUAUAUUAUCAUACUCCGUUUUUCUUCUUCUUUGUGCUUCCUGGUUUUGAUUUCUGGUGCCCACCAGGGAAAAGGAGAAACGAACCAAAAUUUACCCGUCAAGGCCAGGGUGCCCUAGACUCCCUCGGAUAAUCAAGCGCAGGCAGUUUUGGUAAACUAGGGCUUUGGGUACUUCUCUACAUAAUUUUUAGCUGCCCAAGAAGUAGCCUCUCAUUUCCAUGGGUAACAUAGGAAGUAGUGGCGGUAACAACAACCGCCGUAGGCACAGCGCAAGUGGCAGAAGGAGUCACCCGCCUCCCCCUCCUCCGGUGACCCCACAGCCGGAAAUCACGGCCAAUCGAUUCAUCUAUCCCGCUGCUCCGCCCUACCCAUCACAAUACCCAAACUCGAAUCCCCCGCCGUAUUUCCAGUACCCAGGUUACUAUCCCCCAGCGCCAACGACUAUGCUGCAUCCUCAGCCACCUCCUCAUGAUCACCAUCAUCGUAUGGGUCCUCAUCUACCUGUGGACCCGGCAUGGAUGGGCGGACGUUACCCUUGUGGCCCUCCGAUGCCUGCCUAUGUGGAGCAUCAGAAGGCGGUUACGAUAAGGAACGCUGUUAAUGUCAAAAAGGAGACCCUGAGGAUUGAGCCCGAUGAGGAAAGGCCAGGGCAGUUCCUCGUGGCAUUCACAUUUGAUGCCACUGUGGCUGGGAGCAUCACGAUACUUUUCUUUGCAAAAGAAGGUGAUGGCUGCAUUCUUAUGCCAACAAAGGAAAACCUUCUAGCACCUGUAACUGUGCACUUUGAGCAAGGUCUUGGCCAGGAGUUUAGACAGCCAGCUGGAACUGGUAUUGACUUUUCAAUGUUUGAAGAAUCUGAGCUAUUAAGAAGUGACAUGAAUGUCUACCCUCUAGCAGUGAAGGCAGAUGCCUGCUCUGGUAAUCAUGAAGGAUCAAAUGAAACUCUCACACCUGGUGGCACUGACUCUCAGAUUACUCAAGCAGUCUUUGAGAAAGAGAAAGGAGAAUUCCGGGUGAGGGUAGUUAAACAGAUCUUGUGGGUGAAUCGAGAGAGAUAUGAGUUGCAGGAGAUAUAUGGUAUUGGAAACUCAGUGGAGAAUGACUUGGAUGGAAAUGACCCAGGAAAAGAGUGUGUCAUCUGCUUAUCGGAACCUCGGGAUACAACUGUUCUUCCCUGUCGGCACAUGUGCAUGUGUAGCGGAUGUGCAAAGGUUCUGAGGUUCCAGACACACAGGUGCCCAAUUUGCAGGCAGCCAGUUGAGAGGCUUUUGGAGAUAAAAGUCAACAACGGGCGUGAAGAUACAACAACACAAGUGUCUCAAGAUCCCUGUACAGUAUAGCCCAACUGUUAUAAAUGCUUCUCCUCCAUCCUUUUGUUAUGAUUUUCGCCCUCCGUCUUUUGGCUUAACAAUAAUUGAAAUCAAAAUGAUGUGCGGUUUAACACAGACCAAGAGGAUGGUAUUGCGCAUGGCCUGUAUUAUACAAGACAAGGCCUCCGCCAUGAUUGUUUUGGCUUUGCUUCCAAAUGUUUUCCCGUGGCAAUUAAUAAUAAAUUGUGUUUUCCUUAGUGUUUCC